AUGCCAGCAAUUACAAUAGACAAUUGCUGGCUGAAGACGAAAAAUGAAGAUUUAGAGGGAAAAUCAGACACACCCUCAGUCGCCGCCACCACUCUCUGCGCCGCCACCGCCGUCUGCGCAGUCUUCGUUCCUCACGCAUGCCGCUCGCUCAAUUGGGUCUUUUUGGGCGCAAUAGCGUACUUAUUUGAUAUGAAAGUGCAAUUUGGAAGGGGCGAAGGCCACGAUCGGGCUGCCUCAGUUCAUACGUCGAAGGUAAUGUAUGGUAAUCAGGAGAGGAAAAGAAUCAGAAGGUCAAAAGGGGGCAAACAGGUACUGACAUGGAGCAAUGGGAAGACAAACGCGCACAUUGGAUACCAAAUUUGGAACUAG